GACCCGAGCGAGGCUGACAUCACCCGACCAUUUUCCCUUUCCAUUCCAUUGCCGUCCCAAUUCCCAGGCCCACUCGAUUCGAAAACAAAAGAAUACCAAAUCCAAAUGCACGAUCGAUCCUACAAGCCGCAGCCGGCGGAGGCCGGCAGCGGCGGGACUGCCGGCGACGGCGGCGGCGGAGGCGGGAACGUGGAUCGGGUGCUCUUCAAGAACCUCGUCGAGAUGGUGCCGCUCGUCGAGUCGCUCAUGGACCGGAGGGUCAACCCGGCCUACUCGCGCCGCGCUUCGCUGGUCUACACGCCGGCGCCGCCCAAGAAGGCGAGUGAUUUGAAAAGUGUCAAAUUGCCACAGAGCGUAUCCGCCAAAAAGCGGAGAGACCCUGGUGAUGCAGCCAAGAAGAGUGCCCCAGAUUCUAAUGGUGACAGCGGCUCAGUUGUGCCGUUUUCUCUGUCCGGAGCUGAAAAUAAGCCCAAGGAUGAGGUUGCCAUGCUGCGCGAGCAGAUUGAUGACCUGCAAAAGAAACUGCUCGAGAAGGAGGAGGCGCUGAGGUCCGCGGAGAGCUCCGUGGCUGAGAUGAAUGCGGCGUAUGCAACCAUCGAUGAACUCAGGCGCCUGGUGGCUGACAAAGAAGCUUUGAUCAGAUCUACCAAUUCUCAGUUGCAUGAUGCAAAGAUUAUGCUUGCAGACAAGCAAGCUAGUUUAGAGAAGCUGGAAUGGGAGGUAAAGAUGUCAAAUAAAAAAGUUGAAGACCUUCAAGGAGAUAUGUCGAAUAUGGGAUUCGAGAUAAGCUCAUUGAUGGCAUUUUUCGAAAAAAUUUCAGAGAAUGUUUCAAGUGACUCUUAUGAUGAUACAAUACCAUUGUCACAUGAAUUAGAGGCACUCCAAUCAACGCUAUGCAUCAAAACAUUGACCCAGAGUGAAAUUGACAAGAUUGAGGUCGACAAGAUAGAGCAGGAAAGGAUGAUGUAUGCUGAAGCUCUCGCGGCAGCGAGAGAGAACCCUGACGAGGAGCACCUGAAUAUAGCUGCGGAGGCAAGGUCAAGGCUGCAGGUCCUUGUACUAUAGUGGCCCCUUCUGAUUGUAGCAUAUGUAUGAUAAUGUUGAACUGCUGAUGUAAUUGUAAGUGUUGGCUUGAGUUGAGGUGCUUGUGGAAGAAUCGUUCCGGUGGUAAUGGAGUGAGCACUGUAAACUGACAGCUAUUUCGUGUUGUAAUCAUAUUUAUUCAGUCCUGAAGCCUGUAUUGUUUACCAGGAAACUUGAGCUAGUUUAGAUUUCUGUGACAGUUAUCAUUUCAAGAUUUAAACCCAUGGUUGAAGCUGCUUA